AUGCCCGCAAUCAAGCGGGAGAUGAGCCACCAGGGUGUGACCAAUGUUCCAGAGACCCGGACCAGCAGAUCUGGCCGGGCUCUCAAAGCCCCCGCCAUGUACGAUCCAGCUACAGCUGCCUCGCGCAAAGGAAAACGUGCCACCAAGAAGGAGGCCAAUAUCACUUGUGUCAAGUGUCACCGGGGUAGCUCCCCCAGCAACAAUAUGAUCGUAUUUUGCGAUGGUUGCAAUGAGACCUGGCACCAAAAAUGCCAUGAUCCAAUAAUUGACGAUCAUGUCGUGCAAGUUGCAGAUGCCGAAUGGCGCUGCCACAAGUGCAAGCCUGCACAGGAGCCGGUCACAGUUCCUCAAAAGGGAAAUGCACCAGCUCCCCAGAAGGAAAAAGUGCCAGCUCUUCUAAAGGGAAAGGCAUCUGCCCCCCAAAAGGAAAAGGCACCAGCUCCUCAGAAGAGAAAGGCAUCAAACCUGCCAAAGGAAACGGCACCGGCUUCUCAGAAGCGCAUGCGCAAGCCCUUCGCCCACCCACGACUUGGACGGGCUGGAGUCCCUCCACGAUUUUGCAAGGGUGAGGAGUACUCCAUCGACGCAAGACGUGCGUACUUAUCUCAACUCUCCCAUGCUGAGCUGGUUGAACUCGCUGUCAACGUGUCCGUUGAAAAUUCGCAUGUCGCAAUGUUUCCCCGGGACAUGGGUAACUACUUCGACGUCGAUUACAAAUUCCCUGCUCAACACCACCUCGCUACGUCUGCUGCGUCAAACAAAAGGCGCCUUGAAGAUUUUGAAGAGCCUAAAGAGGCCCCGAAUCCCGUAAAGAGGGCGAGAACCAUGCCUCCCCCUGCCACCAAACCUGCUGUGAGGCCGAAUACUCGCUCGCAGUCUACCACUGCUUUAGAUGGACCUGCAGGCAAGACUGAACGCAACCACAAGAGGGUUCUCACCACAACCACUAUUCCCAAGACCCUACAAGACCGCAUUGACCAACGGCUCCGUGAAGAUGAACUCCAUCGGGAAUGGAGCAUGGCCCAGGAAUCGGUAUCUUUAUCGACCACAAAGUCCACCAAAUCAGAACUUUCGGAAGCGAGCCUUGCCGGAAUCCAAGAUCACCGGCAGUACCCAGCGGCCGGGAAUGGCUUUUCUCUGCCAUCGCAGCCUGAAGACCUCGAUAUUCUUCAGGAGGCUGAAGACUGCCCCACAUUCAGUUAUUCGUAUGAUGCGGCAAGAAAGAAUAUUGAAUAUAUUCGAAAAAUGCUGAGAAAUACUGUCGAUGAUGAGCGUAUCUUAUGA